CAGUGGAGCCCCCACACAAGGAGAAAAUGUCGUUGGGUUGGUAGAAAUAAACAGAGCCUUUUUUUCCUUAUAAAACGCCGCCCUCCAUAACACCUGAUCUUCACAUUGAAAGUUAAAGAUGAAAGGUGCUUCCUUGCUAGCUCCAAUUGCCAAGAGAUUGGAAGGGAAGGUAGCCUUGAUAACCGGUGGCGCCAGUGGAAUUGGCGAGACAACGGCAAGGCUAUUCGUUCAACAUGGUGCUAAGGUUAUCAUUGCUGACGUCCAAGACGACCUUGGUCACUCCAUUUGCAGCGACAUAAGCACCGGUGAUGACACGAUCUCCUAUGUCCAUUGCGAUGUUACCAACGAAUCUGAUGUCCAAAAUGCUGUCAACACUGCGGUCUCAAAGCAUGCCAAACUUGACAUAUUGUUCAGCAAUGCAGGAAUUACUAACGCUGAUGAGGGCAUCUUAGACUUCCACCGCGAGAAAUUCAGCAGGGUCUUUAACGUGAACGUCUUAGGGGGAUUCCUGGCAGCCAAAUACGGUGCCAAAGUAAUGAUUCCAGCAAAAAAGGGCAGCAUUCUAUUCACAUCAAGCAUUGCGUCAGUGAUACAUGGAACUACCCCGCACAUCUACACGGCGUCCAAGCAUGCGCUAGUGGGACUAAGCAAGAAUUUGUGUGCGGAGUUGGGGCAGUAUGGAAUUAGAGUCAAUUGCAUAUCACCUGCCGGCGUGGCCACUCCUUUGCUAAGGAAUGUGUCUGGAAUACAGGAUAAGAAGACGUUGGAAGACAUGAUUUGUUCCUCGGCAAAUCUGAAAGGCGUGGUGCUCGGGACGGACGAUGUUGCAGAGGCAGCACUGUUCUUGGCGAGCGAUGAGUCCAAGUACGUGAGUGGCCUCAACCUAGUCUUGGACGGCGGUCAUAGCACCACCAACAAAGCUAUUAGGGACGCCAAAGAAAAUCAUCGUUCUUAAAAACCCAAUAUUAUAUAUAUGAUAAAUGUUUUGUUUUCAUAUCU